AUGGUGAAACGAAGCUCAAACACGGAUGUCAUGCAAAACAAAGGUACCUUGAAACAGAGAUUCGAAGAAUUGCGUGCGAUUAAUCCCGAAGUUCCUUUGCAUCAGAACACAGUAUAUAUGAGAUUUACUGCGGACUCCACGGCGGGCCUGAUACUAGGAUCCAUUCAGACGGAAAAGGAAGAUGCGAAGAAAUCAACGCUUCAAGGAAUAGAUCAACCUAAGCGAGCUGGUGUAGAAGCAGAGCUUUUACUGAGCCCAAAGACAUCUUCUGGGGAGAUGUGUGACUUACAAUCAGAACAAAUUGAGUUUCUGGUUGAGUCUGCUGAUGAUGUUUCAAUAAUUAUAACAUCUGUGAACAAGAAUGAAAACGGAACAUUCCUAUUAAAGUUUAUACCCAUAGUACCUGGAACUUACAAUUUGGAAGUGAAAAUGUAUGGUGAGAAACUGCCCAUUUGUCCAGUAAAUUUGCUCGUGAAAGAAUGUGAGCUUGUGUUAGACGGUGAACUGGAUCUGAAACUUUUUCGCGGUGACACACUGCAUGCUCCCAUGGGUAUCACGGUAAAUAUGAAGGGAGCUAUUGCGGUGACAGAUUUGUUUGACCACAGCGUUUAUUUAUUUGACAAUCAAGGAGAUUUUCUACAGAAAAUUGGUUGUGAAGGAACCUAUGAUGGUCAUUUUAACUUCCCAACCGAUGUCAUUUUUAUUGAUGAUGAUGAAAUUUUGGUCUCUGAUCAAAACAACCACAGAAUACAACGAUUUAGUUCUCAAACUGGAACAUUUAUAAGAAGUUUUGGAAAACAUGGUUCAGGAAAAGGACAGUUUAACCGACCAUUUGGACUUUUUAUGGAUGAUCAAGAGCAGAUUGUUGUUACUGAUGUUGGUAACAAGAAAAUACAUGUACUAACUAAGGAUGGUGAGAGUAUUUUUACGUUUGGAGACAACGGCCCGGAAGAACUCUCAAAUCCUCUGAGCUGUGUACGUUACAAAGACAAGUUUUUCGUAUCUGACAUGGAAGAUCAUAGCAUAAAAGUAUUUGAUAUUACGGGGCAAUUUUUGUACAAAUUCGGAAGUCAAGGAACUGCUAACGGUCAGUUUAUGGCACCUUUUGGUUUGCAUAUUGACAGGUUCAACUGUCUUCUGGUCUGUGACCGAAACAAUGCUCGGGUGCAAAAGUUUUCUCUUGAUGGUCGCUUUUUAGGCAAAAGUACCUCAAAAUUAGGAAAUGUUAACUUUGCAACGGAAAUGCCAGAUGGCCGAAUCCUGGUGACUAGUGUCAACUCAAAGAAACUGCAUGUUCUGAGAACAAAGUAG